AGUUUAUAAUAGAUGACAAAUGACAUUUUAUUUACCGCCAAACAAUACAAUUUGUUUAGUUGUUUAAAUAAAAAAAUUGUAGUAAAGAAAAUAGAAUAAUAAUGAAUAAACGAAAGGAUACCUCACCGCAAACUGCAUUCAAAAAACUAAAAUCCGAUAAUUUCUUGAGGCCACCAGUACCCCCUUUGGACCCCAAAAAGGAUACGCUAAUAUUUCAAGAACUUGAACUGGACCACUACACCGCUAACGUUUAUCCUGGUAUGCCAGGACCUCAAACAGGCAAAGUUCCGAUUAUACGUUUAUUCGGAGUCAACCAAACUGGUAAUAGCGUUUGUUGUCAUGUCCACGGCUUCUCUCCCUAUUUUUACGUUAAUAUGCCGAAUAAUUUUCCCCAGAACGAAUUAUUUACUUUCAAGAAUAAACUAAAUGAUGCUGUCAUGUCUGAUUCAAUGUAUCCUAAAGGACAGGCGCCCGAAGCUGUUUUGAUGAUCGAAUUGGUUAAAGGCAAAUCGUUGGUGGAAUUUACCGGAUACGAAGACGAAACUUUCGCAAAAAUAACAGUCGCUCUACCGAGGAUGAUAGCGAUAGCUAAGAGAUUAAUAACAACGACGAUCGUUUAUCAACCGCUGGCUUCUCACGUAUUUUUCGCUUUCGAAUCUAACGUAGAUUUCGAAACUAGAUUCAUGGUGGACACAAACAUAUUGGGAUGCUGUUGGAUAGAAUUGCCUUCGGGGAAAUGGUUCAGGAGAUCGAAACAAACCGAUUUCAAAACAACUUCCAGAUGCCAGAUAGAAACUGACGUAUCAUGGACGGAUUUUAUCGUGCACGCCCCCGAAGGCGAAUGGUCUUCGGUCGCCAAAUUCAGAGUACACAGUAUAGAUAUUGAAUGCGCGGGUAGAAAGGGGAUAUUCCCGGAACCCAACGUAGAUCCCAUAAUACAAAUAGCAAACGCUGUUGGUUAUCACGGCGAUAAGGAAGUAAUUUUCAGGAAUAUUUUCACGUUGAAAUCGUGCGCGCCGAUUGGACACGCCGAAGUUUACAGUUUCGAAAGUGAAGAAGAAAUGUUGGAAGCUUGGGCGAAUUUCGUCAGAGCUUUAGAUCCUGACGUAUUCACCGGAUAUAACAUAAAUAAUUUCGAUUUCCCUUAUCUCAUCGAUAGGGCGAAACAUUUGAAAUUGACGCAAUUUAAUUAUUUGGGUAGAUUGUUGGAGGUACCUUCUGUGGUAAAAGAAACGGUAACGCAAACGAAAAUCGGCAGGAGGACUUACAAAUAUAUAAAUUUUGAAGGGAGGGUGCCUUACGAUAUGCUAUUGGUGGUGAAAAGAGAUUUUAAAUUGAGAUCGUAUACGUUGAACAGCGUUUGCCAGGAAAUAAUGGGGGAACAAAAGGAGGACGUUCAUUAUAGUAUAAUUACGGAUUUGCAAAACGGCAACGAACAAACUCGAAGACGAUUGGCAGUUUAUUGUUUAAAAGACGCCGAAUUACCUUGGAGAUUAUUGAAUACGAUAUUAAGUUUCACGAACGAUAUAGAAAUGGCGAGAGUUACCGGAGUACCGAUCACUAGUUUAUUGACCAAAGGAGAGCAAGUGAAAGUCGUGGCUCAAUUAUUGAGACACGCCAGACAAGCCGGUUAUUUCAUGCCGACGCAUCAAGGCGCCCCUGGUUCGGAUCAAUACGAAGGGGCCACUGUUAUAGAACCCGUUAGGGGUUAUUAUACUGAACCGAUAGCCACUUUGGAUUUCAGUUCUUUAUAUCCGAGCAUUAUGAUAGCUCAUAAUUUGUGUUAUACGACUCUGAUUAAAAAACCCCAAAAGGAAAAAUUGAAUUUGACUGAGGAUCAAAUAACUUGUACGCCGGCGAAUUGCAUGUUCGUAAAAUCGUCGGUUAGGGCCGGUUUGUUGCCGCACAUAUUGCAACACCUUUUGGCGGCCAGAAAGAAAACUAAAGCCCUGUUGAAAAACGAAGAAGAUCCCGUAGUGAGGACGGUUUUGAACGGUAGACAAUUGGCUUAUAAAAUUUCGGCGAAUUCCGUGUACGGUUUUACGGGGGCUCAAGUCGGUAAAUUACCGUGUUUGGAAAUAUCCGGUAGCGUAACUGCCUACGGUAGAACUAUGAUCGAACAAACCAAACAGGAAGUCGAACAACAUUAUAGAAUCGAAAAUGGUUACGAGGCCGAUGCUAAAGUUAUUUACGGCGAUACGGAUUCGGUUAUGGUUAAUUUCAAGGUGGUUUCGUUGGAGAGGAGCAUGGAAUUGGGACAGGAAGCCGCCGAAUUGGUCAGCAAGAAAUUCAUAUCGCCCAUAAAAUUGGAAUUUGAAAAGGUUUAUUAUCCAUACUUACUCAUCAAUAAAAAAAGAUACGCCGGACUUUAUUGGACGAACACGAAGAAAUACGACAAAAUGGAUUGCAAGGGUAUCGAAACGGUGCGUCGCGACAAUUGCACUUUAGUGGCCGACAUCAUAGGCACGUGCUUACAAAAACUCCUCAUAAACAGAGAUCCGGAGGGCGCCGUCGAUUACGCCAAACAAGUGAUAUCCGAUCUGUUACAAAACAACGUCGAUGUCUCCCAAUUGGUCAUCACCAAGGAAUUGACGAAGAACGAUUAUGCCGCCAAACAGGCGCACGUCGAACUGGCCAAAAAAAUAACGAAAAGGGAUCCCGGAAACGCGCCCAAAUUAGGCGAUCGCAUCCCUUACGUCAUAGUCGCCGGUACGAAAAACGCGAAAGCGUUCGAAAAAGCCGAAGACCCCAUAUAUGUAUUGGAAAACAACAUCCCCAUCGAUUCGAAAUAUUAUCUGGAAAAUCAAUUAUCGAAACCUUUGAUAAGGAUUUUUCAACCGGUUUUGGGCGAUAACGCCGAAUCGAUAUUAUUGAAAGGUGAACAUACGAGAAGUAAAACGAUGGUGACUUCGAAAGUGGGCGCUUUGGCGGCAUUUACCAAGAAAAAAGAAGUUUGCGUCGGCUGCAAAUCGGUAUUGACGAAAGAUUACGAACUAGAAGCCGUUUGUGGUUAUUGCAAACCGAAGGAAUCCAACAUUUACCAACAGGAAUUGAGCCAUCACCGUAUGUUGGAAAAUAGAUACGCUUCCUUGUUUACAGAAUGUCAGAGGUGUCAGGGUUCGUUAUUCGAAGAGAUAUUGUGCACUAGUAGGGAUUGUCCCAUUUUUUAUAUAAGGAAAAAAGUGCAAAUUGAAUUGGAAACGACUAAAUCGAAAAUCGCCAGAUUUGGAGAACCUGUUGUCGUGGAACAAGAUUUAUUUUAAUAUGAUAAUCGAUUUUUCGCUGUUAAUUUAUCAGUUUUUAAGUGAAUUAUAGAGUUAUAGGUCGUUGAAAAAAUGUAGUGUACAAUAUGUAGAGAAAACGAGAUAUUUUUAUACGAAUUCGAUAUAUAAUUCGUGUAUUUGUAUCAUAUUAAAUAUUAUUUUCAACUUUUGUUUUUUCACUAUAGUGGUUUCUUUUUGUGAUCAAUUUGAGGUUUUUUGUAAAAUUUUUGAUUAUAAUUUAUUAAAAUGUUAUUUCAAUAUUUGUGGAUAAAACUAUCGAUUUUUCCCUGUUAAUUUGCCAGUUUUUAAGGAGAAUUAUCGAGUUUUUUUAUAUAUUUAAGUCGUUGAAAAAAUGUAGUGUACAACGUUUGUUGUUUACUAUAAUGUUUUUUUUUUGUAAUAAAAUUCACGUUUUUCGAUAAAACUUAAGUUAUUAAGUUAUGAUUUGUUGAAAUGUUAUUUAAUUGUUAUAUAAAAUACUUGCAACGUACAUGUUUUUGGAGAUAUUUGAAAAUGUAUUUUUUUCUAUUUAUUUCUGUAUUUUCUACUCAUUUUGUCAUUUCUCUUUAGCCAGUGGCGUAGUUAGUGAGGUGGUUACUGAUUAAAAUCGGUAUUUUUGAAAAAAAAAAAAAAUAGAUAUAAUUCGAUGAAACAUCAAUUUUUUACAACAAAACAAAUAAAAUUAAUAAAAUACUUCAAAUAUUCGAAAAUAUUUCUUUUUUUUUAUUAUUUUUUUAACGAGUUUCUUCAGUCUUGUAAAAUUGAGGUUAUUUUUCUAUAAAAAGUUUCUUAUUUUUUAUUUUAACACAAUUAAAAUCUCAGUGUUUGUUGAAAUAACUGAAAAUGUCUUUUUUUCUCUUUUCACUUUUUCUUAUUUUUCUUACAUGUGUCUUGAGUCCUGCUUUCAAUCCAGGGGCGUAGUUAUGGAAUUCGCACAGGCUACUAAGUGAAUUCGUGUUUUUGAAAAAAUUCAUUUACAAUUCUAAAUGUCAACCUUUUUUCAUAAAAAGUAUUAAAAUUCAUAAAAUACUUGUCGAAACUGAAAAUUUCCCCUUUUUUUACAUUUGUACGUGUUUUCUACUUGUUCCUUUAUUUUUUCUUCAAGCCAGGGGCGUAGUUAGUGUCGUAUCACAAGUUAAUGAAUGACUUGAUGAUUUUGAAAAAAAAUCGAUAAAACGAAAUUCAUUUUUUAUAUAAAAGAUAUAAAAAUUCCCAUAAAACUUUAAACACUGAAAAUUUCCCUUUUUUACAAUUUUUUGGACUAGUUUCCCCAUUUUUGCAUAAUUGAGAUUAUAUUUCUGUAAAAAGUCUCUCAUUUUGAUAUGAAACAAUCGAAACGUCGAUUUUUUUCUUGAAAUAUCUAAAAAUUUAUUUUUCCUAGAAUUUUCCCUUUUUUCUACUUUUUUUCCAUGUUUCAUGAGUCCUGCUUUUCGUACAGUGGCGUAGUUAGGGAGUAAAUACGAUUUUUUUAAAUAAAUUGCAAAUUUCCCCCUUUUCACAUUUUUCCUUCUAGUUUUUUCAAUCAUUGAAAAUUUAGGUUAUAUUUCCAUAAAGAAUAUCUUAUUUUCGAUUUUCCACAUAUUUUCCCCUUAUUUCCACAUUUUCUGCCUUUUUUACAUGUUUCCUGAGUCCUCUUCCAAUCCAGUGACGGAGUCGACGAGUUUCCACGGGCUACUGAGUCGUUUUUUUGUACUAAUUUCUUCAGUUCUGCGAAAUCUUGGUCAAAAUUCGAUAAAGUGUCUCUCAUUUUAGAUAUAAAACAAAACGUCGAUUUUUCUCUUGAAAUAUCUAAAAAUUUAUUCUUCCCUUAAUUAUCCUUUUUCUUCCAUGUUUCUUGAGUCCUGCUUUUCGUCCAGUGGCGUAGUUAGUGGAUUCCCACAGAUUAUUGAGUGAAUUUGAUAUUUUUUGGAAAAAAAUUAGGUUAUAAUUCAAUAAAACGACCCUUCUACUUUUAUUUGAAAUAUUUGGAAAUGUUUUUUCCGUUUAUUUUCAUUUCUCCCCUUUUUUCAAUUUUUUCCGUGUUUUCUACUCAUUUCUUCACUCAUGUUUUCAUCCAGUGGCGUAGUUGAGUAAAUCCCGUCAUUUUUUUAAAAUCUUUUGAUAAAAAUUAAAUUCAUUGAAACGUCUCUAAGUUAUUAUAUAAAACUAUUAAAACGUUAAAGGUAUUUAAGCUUUCUAAAAAUAGAUAACCAAAAAAAAUUAGUAAUUUUCAAAAUGUAAUUUGGGUUAUAAAUAAAAAAAAUCAUUUUCUUGAAAAAAAUUACCUUUGAAUAUCUAUAAGCAGUGAAUUUUUUCUCUUUCUUUUACUUUGUAAUCGCAUUUAUAACUUUUUUCUCUUUUUUUCCAACUUUUCACGUGUUCUUUUAGUUCCAGCGACGUAUUUAGGGGGGCCCUAUUAAAUACAUUUUCCCCAUACUUUACUACAGAUAACUAACACAUCGUUCUAGUAAACAAUUUUUUUAACAAAAUUUCUUUUUUUCAAAAGCUUCUCCCUAAUAUAAGGGUAGUUCGAGAAGUACUUGCAAGAAAAUACAAAAAUUUUGGAAAAAUACUUUUCGAUACUCUUCUGUUAUUCCAAAUACCUGUUAAGUGCCGAAAUUACUUCUUCGUCGCCGUAAAUUUUCUAAAUCAUUCACUGCUCUAUAAUUUUUUUCAAUUUUAGUCACAAAAAUUAAUCCGAAUGAAUUAAAUCUGGUGAUUACGUUUAUUGUAGUAGCAAUUUAUUGAUUUCGAACAUUUGGUGAAAACAUUUGUGGUUUGAUGCAUUGUUUUCAUGAAAAAAAUACUUUGUUCUCACCCAAAUGCGGUUGUUUUUGCAUAAUUUCUUCAUAGGUUUUCUUUUUUUCAUUAACCGAUAAAUAUUACCCCCCACAACAGAUUCCCCUUUUCGAACAAUGGAUUAAUGACUUUGCAGUCAUUUAACUUCAAGAACUAUGAGUUUACAUCUUCUUCGUCCUCCGUAUAUGUUAUUUUAUUCAAUUCUUCAGAUUUCUUUCCACUUGCUACCACUAUUAUUCUUCUAAGUUAGUUCAAUCCCUUUUGUUCAUCACCCUCGUAUUCAUCCUAAUUUAUAAUCACCUGUGUCUUGUAUUUAUUCUUUUUUCCCUAAUUUUAUCAAAAACACUUCAAAUACUUUCCCUAUUUAUCUUCUUUUGGCAUUAUAAUUAACUUCAUGUACCUGGAUAUAUGGUUCAUCUCCUGUAUAUAAAACUAUAAACAAAUGUAUAGUUUUUUUUUUUGCACAAAGAACACCCUGUAUCAUGUACAACAUUUAAACACCCUGUUCUUCUUAAUGAACGUGAUUUAAAAAUAUGUAGACGUCUAGAUAUGAAAUUACAUAUGGCGUAAUUAGUUAAAAAUAUAAAAUACAAACAAUAUAGAAUACAAAAUAUAUUU